CGGCAGUUGCUAUAUUUCCUCAAGGUGUGCGAUGCGUCAGACGCUUUUUAUUGCGUUAAGGUAAAUUAUCUGAAUAGUCAUUUUUAUUGUGAAAUGCGUCACAAAUUUUAUAUAUUAAAGUAGCUUAGGGCAAAGUGUUGUUCAAUUUUCCCUUCUAUCUUUUAUUUAGUUACAGAAUAUUAAUUCUAUGGUUUUUAUAUUCAUAGUGCACCUAUAGGAAUGCAUGAUUCCCUGAUAUCUGUGUGAGUAGAUGUAAAUAUUACACAUUGAGCAGGAAUGGAUACACACAAUAAAGGAAAUGACAAAGGUUAGUUUAUCAAAAUCAAAUAAACCUAUCUAUAGAUAUUUGGCUGCCUGCCUGCAAAUUAACAUGUGAAUGUGAUGCUUUUUUGAAAUAAAUAAAUAAAAGAUGGUAAAAUAUCUUAAAAUGCCCUUUUGGAACAAAACAUGCUUCACAAAACCAAAUUUUAUAAGGGACUUGGAAAGUUCAUUUAAAGCGGCACUGUCAUGCCAAACUUACCUUUCCCCAAUCUCUUCCUCUUCAACCCCUCUGUCAGGAUCUGUUCUUCUUUAGUUUUCUUUAAAAUCAUAAGACAAAGUAGGGGCUCUUUGCCUUAUGGAGGUUUCGACCAGCUUUGACCAGCGGAGGAGCAAAGUGUGCUUCAUUUCCGCUGGUCAGAGCAAUUUUUCCAUGAUCCUUAGCUUUCCUCCCUGUUCCCACGAUGCUUCCUGUCAGUAUUGCCGAACGUCCUGUCACUUAGACAGAACGCCGGCAAAACCGCCGAAUUGCAUCCUAACAUAAUGAGAACAGUUUCUCCAUUCGUUUUAGGAUGCAAUUCGGGACAUUGUUCGGAUCGCAAUUUCAUUCGAAUGAAUGAAACUCCGAUCCUAUUCGUGCCGUGGCUGCAUCUUGCAGUCGCUUAGUAGAUAACUCCCUAAUUCCCACGGUAUUAGGGAGCUAUCUACUAAAAGGCUGAAAGACCUAAAUUGGUCUUUCAGCCAACUUUACUAAUACUAAGUAAAGGUUACUAAGUAUUAGUAAAUUCAGCCCCUACUCGCUAUACCGUGAGUAGGGGCAUGUCUACUAAAAAAAACAACCUACUAACCUAUUGUCCUCCCCCUCGGGUGGGGCCCUAAAUGACAAUGGGGGGGACCUAUUGUCCUCCCCCCCGGCCCCCACCCCUUAGCGGUGGGUGGGUGCCCUAAAAAACAAUAAGGGGGGGACCUACUGUCCUCCCCCCUGGCCUCCACCCCUGAGCGGUGGGUGCACAAAAAAAUAAUAAGGGGGGACACCUACUGUCCUCCCCCCCAGCCCCCACCCCUAAGCGGUGGGUGGGGGCCCUAUAUAAGAAUGGUGGGAGGGGGACCUACUGUCCUCCCCCCUGGCCCCCACCCUUGAGCAGUGGGUGGGGGCCCUAAAAAACAAUAAGGGGGGUCCUACUGUCCUCCCUCCCUGGCCCCCACCACUGAGCGGUGGGUGAGAGCCCUAAAAAACAAGGGCGGGGACCUACUGUCCUCCCCCUGGCCCCCACCCCUGAGUGGUGGGUGGGGGCCCUAUAUUAGAAUGGUGGGGGGGGAACCUACUGUCCUCCCCCCCUGGCCCCCACCCCUGAGCAGUGGGUGGGGGCCUAAAAAACAAUAAGGGGGGAACAGUACCCCCCCCGGCCCCCACACCUGAGCGGUGGGUGGAGGCCCUAAAAAUCAAUAAGGAGGAGACCUACUGUCCUCCCCCCUGGCCCCCACCCCUAAACGGUGGAUGGGGGCCCUAAAAAAAAAAAACAAUAAGGGGGCCUACUGUCCCCCCGGCCCCCACCCAUGAGCGGCGGGUAGGUGGCCCUAAAUAAAAAUUCACACACCCCCCAAUCAAGGUGACUAGAGGUCCUUAGCCCCUAGUCACCCCCCCCAACCCAAAUAAAACUAUCCCCUAUCUACCACCCUCACCCUAAAAAUAGUGAGGGGGGAAUAAAAUAACUAACCUGUGAACAAAAAUUAAACUUACCAUUUGACGUCUUCUUUUUUUUUAAAUCUUAAUUUUUCACCCCCAAAAAAGGCCAAAUAAAAAGCCAUCAUACCUGUCGAACUUAAAAUAAAAUAAAAAACCUGAGUGCAAAAAAAAAAUCCAGAUGAACAAGAAAAAAACAGACGCUAAUAAAAUUAAUCCAUCUUCACCCAUGGAGGGCUCUGCAGGGUGGGGCAAGGCUUAUUAAGCCUUGCCCCGCCCUGAAAUUAGGCUAAGAACACUCUGAAUUCCAAAGAACUUUCCCACGCUGUGUAAAAUGACACAGAGCACUGUGAUUGGAUGGAUUUCAAGCCACCCAAUCAGAGUGCUCUGUGUCAUUUUGAAAAAUAAUAAUGACGGUCUUGAUAUGCAGGAGAAAUAAGACUUCAUACAGCAAAAGCGUUCUGUAUUAAUUACCACUAUUUUUUGCUUUCAGCUUUUAAGGACAGCAUGAGUUACAAAGCCCUGAAGUGUGGCAUACGCUUCAAGCCACCUGCCAUUAUUCUCCUAUAUGAGGAUGUGUCAACAGGAAAAUCUCGCCAACGCAGUAUGCCAAUAAGAAACUUUUCAAAAUUUUCAGGUAUGGACUGGUUUUUUUUUUCUUCAGGUUUAUCUAAUAAUUGACAUGUCAAUUGGAAUACACCAGCAUUGGAAAAAAUAUCCAACCAAGCUAUUUAUCCAAUUCCUGUGUCAGUUCCUUACAAUUAUCAGUUUAGCUCGAGCCAGAUAUAGGUUGCGUAGGGCCCAAGGUGUGGUGCCUGAUUGCGCUCCCUCCUAGUUUCUCUGUUGCUUUGAGUGGUUUGUGUGUGCUGACCAAGUGUUGUAUGUGUGUGGGCCUGGCAAGAGAGAGAGACUCUCUAGUUAAAGGACCACUACAACUUAAAGGGACACUUUAGGCACCCAGACCACUUCACCUCACUGUGUUCCUUUUGCACGUAGUGCUGCAAUGUUAAAAAUUGCCAUUUCAGAGAACUGCAAAGUUUACAUUGCAGCUCUAAGUCUGCCCUCAGUGGCUGUCUAUCAGACAGCAACUAGAGGGCUUCCGGAAUCGUAACUGACUUUUGGUCCGUUGUCUGACACUGGACAUUCUUGCGCUCUACACGAGGACCUCCAACGUCAGAUUUUUCCCGUAGGAAAGCAUUGAUUCAAGGCUUUCCUAUGGGGAGAUCUAAUGUGCGCGCUGCAUUUGCCGCACAUGCGCUUUAAAGCGGAGCUUCAACCCAGCGACGAGGGACACUGGCACUGGGAUCAGGUAAGUAAAUAAAGUGUUAUUAACCCUUUAUUUACCAGGUAGGUCGGGACACCAGAGAGGGGGGAUGCAGAGGAAUUGGUAGUGCCAGGAAUACUGCUUUGUAUUCCUGGCACUACAGUAUCCCUUUAGGCGCAGAUGUAUGGGUCAACAAUUUAUUGAUAGGUGUAGGGGCAUAUUUUUUUUAAAAAUCUUUACAUUUACAAGACAUCUUAUUGUGCAAUGUAUAGAUUAAUUUGUACUUUAUUUAUAUCUAAAGUUAUAAAUAUGACAUUAUUGUGAUUGAUUGCUAAUUUGCUCCACUGGAUUUUUUAUCAUUAACUCUAGAUUUUCUUUUUCUUUAGACUGUAGCCGAGCAGCAGAACAGCUGAAAAAUAAUCCUCGCCACAAGCAGUAUUUAGAAAAUGUGUCACCAAAACAGCUGGAGAGGCUUUAUAUAUUGUUAAAGGGACAUUUAAACGGGGAAAACCUUCAGGUAAGUCUGGAGGGAAUUCGAAGAGAUGAAACUUUAGACCCAGAGGAAGAUUUGAACAAGCUGGAUGACAAGGAGUUGGCUAAAAGGAAAAGUAUAAUGGAUGACCUCUUUGAGAAGAAUAGGAAGAAAAAGGAUGACCCAGAUUUUGAGUACAAUGUAGAAGUGGAUUUUCCUCAGGAUGGGCCUAUAGAGAGCUGUGGCUGGGAUGAAGAAUCGGAGAAUGAAUUCUAAUCAAUACACCGGUCAUUGCAGACAAUUUUUCAGGGAUAUGAAACAACUUGAUAUAAACUUUUACUUAAAAAUUUAGUUAAUUCAAGGGGCGCAUAUUUUAACAGCAUUAUGAAUAUAAUGCAUUACAAAUAUACUUUUUAAAAAGGAAAAAGUAAAUCUCUGAAUGUCAGUUUUUGCAUGAUUUCCCAUGGAUCGGAUUGUUACACAGCUCUUGCAAUGUAAUCCAAUUAGCCAAUUUGUAAGCCAAUCCCUAGACUGCUAUCAAACUGAAUGGAAAAGAUGAGUGAGCAUAAAAGCUUUUAUGACAUCAGCCAUGCUCAUGCUCUGUAAUAGAAUACCAAGCAGCAGCGCAACUACCACCUCAUGCUCAGGGGGCCCAUUGCACUUAGGGCCACCUGAUCAGUAUUGCUAAAAUGGGGCCCAGUCAGGUCUUCGGCCCUUUAUCAGCUCGAUCACAUCAGCAGCAAGGGAGGAAGUCAGUGCAGGUAACUUCCUCCGAACUACAUAGAGAGAGAACCAAGUGGGAGGAGGAGACAGCACAGGCAGAACCCCAGGCACCCACCCUCCUGUACACAAAAGGUAUGCUAACAGGAGGAUGGCUGACAAUAUAACACUUAUGGCAUGUAUGUAUCUGUGUCAGUUUGUGUGCAUCUGUGUGUAAAGGUAUUUGUAUGUGUCAGUGUAUGUAUCUGUGUGUCAAGGUGUGUGCAUAUCUUUGUAAGCACCCACACCAAAGAACUCACCCCUGCAAUCAAGCAGAAAUAUUACAUACAAACACACCCCUGUAUUAAAACACUAAAAUUAUAUACAAAUACUCCUGGAUUUAAACACCAACACUACACACAAAAGCCCACCUACAUUUAAAAUCCAAUACUUCAUACAAACACACCCCUGCAUUUAAAAGCUAACACUACACACAAGUACAUCACUGCAUUCCAAUGACAAAAAAAAAAUACAAAUACACCCGUACAUACACACAGAUACUCUAUACAAAAACAUGCUUACAUUUAAAGCACAAACAUUGCUCACAAAUACUACCCUUCAAGGAUGGGCAAAUGGUAGAUCCCCAGCUGGCAUAACAUUGUGGGAAUUGUAUGGCAGAUGGGGAUCUACCUCCUGCACUGAUGCAAUGCAGUUCCCACAAGACUGCUACAUUUUGCCUUCUUGCAAUUUUUAGUGUGUGGUGUUUUGCAUAAGUCAAUAAAAUAGUUUUAAAAUGUUGACCACUGAAAAAAAUACACUACAUUACCUCUUUACUGUGAGUAGGCACAGUAAUACUAAGCAAUAUAAACUAUACUUCUACAAGCUGUAUUUGAGUAACCAUGUAUGGCUUCGUAAAACAAAUAUUUCAAAUGAAAUGGUUGUGCAAGUUCAGGAUUAAAACCAACUGACACAUCCCAGCAAAGUUACAUAUUAUUCUGUACACAGCAGUUAUAGUCAUCCAAGGAGAUUACAUAGUACUAAUAUUCAAAGACAGAACAAAGAUGACAGAUCAUGUUUCUUCAAUCAGUGAAUGAAAACAAUGACCUUAACAUUCUUUUGAUUUUUGAGCUUGAAAUGAAUGCAUGGGAAAACCUGUCGUAUUCAUUUAAAUUAUACUUUUUUUUCUAGUUUCUUGUUAUUAUUAUAAUAACAUAUGUUAACACUGUAGAUCUAAUAUCAGAUUCCACACAUUAUGGUGUAACUGUAGCCAAUAAUUUUUAUUUAAUGUGACGAUUCAGUUACAGACUACCUUUCAGGUUAUGUUGAAUUUGGUAACAACAUUCUGCCUAUCAGGCAUGUCUUCCUACCUCACUAGUAAAUUAUUAUUUCAUGAAGAUUUUGUUCAUAUGAAUAAAUUAUGUAUUUAUACUUUUUUGCCAAACUAGUUAUCCUCUGGAAAUAUCCUUUUUUUUCUUUGGAUCAACAAAAACAUGGCAGUAUAAUCCUGGCAUAAGCUAUGUAGUGUCACUUUGCUUUCUUACUUAUAGAUGUCAAGUGAUUGAUGUAAUUGGGUGCAUUGUCUGCACUUUCUUUUCCCUUAACUGGAUGACCAGUUGUAAUUACUUCUGUGGUUUUAUAUUCUAUUGUAUGCUUUAAAAACACUAUUUCUCUAAUCCUUAAUCAUGUAUUUUUGUUUUGUUUCUAAUGCAUAUACAGUUCAAAAUUGUAGAAGCACACUUCUUAUUGUAAGUGAAACUGAUACCAAAAAUGUGUGCUUAUUUAUUUAUAUAUACAUAUAUA